GUGGAGUUGGAUCUUGGGUUGCACACCCACCUCCACCACCGGAAAUUGGGAAGUGCCGAUCUCUUCGACCAUGGCAACAAACCAAACUCUCAGCUCAUCCUUCAUCAGCUCUAUCUCAUCUCAGCGCUGUUGCCAACCAAGACGUCAAUACAUUGCCAACCCUCAUUCUCAACAGUACACUUAGCUAGCUAGUACCUCAGACAAUCUGUGGGCAUUUGUGUAGAUCAAUCUCUCCAAGUCUAUACAGUAUCAUUAUACCCUUGGAUACCCCUGUCUGUCAGAACAUCCGUAUCCCCUCCUUUACAGCAUCAUGUUGGUUUUAUUUGAAACCCCUGCCGGGUACUCUCUGUUCAAGGUAGCAGACGAGAAAAAGUUUCAAAAGACGGACGCAGACGAUUUGUUUGACAAGUACUUUUCGUCGGAUGUCACCAAAGCCAAAAAGAUUUUGGAACCAGUGUCGUUUGAACCAUUCCAAGACACGGCCGAUGCCGUAGUGGCCAUGACGGCCUGCAUUGAAGGCAAAGUCAGUGCCAGUUUGAAGAAAUUCUUGAAGAAAAAGCUCAAACAACACGGGGAUGCGGUGCUGGCCGUGGCCGACAAGGGCAUGGCCACGUCCCUCAAAGAAAAUGUCAAGAACAUUCAAGUGGUUCACAAUGACAAGACACAGGAAUUGUUUCGGGGAAUUCGCACGUACAUGGAAGAAUUGCUGUGCAGUGAUGACUCCACGGACAAGAAUGGUGUUUCCAAGGACGAUUUGCGCGCCAUGCAAUUGGGAUUGAGUCAUUCGUUAGGGCGAUACAAACUCAAAUUCAGUGCCGACAAGGUCGAUACCAUGGUCAUUCAAGCCGUGGGAUUGCUCGAUGAACUCGACAAGGAAAUCAAUACGUACGCCAUGCGCGUCAAGGAAUGGUACGGAUGGCAUUUCCCAGAAUUGCAGGCAUUGGUAUCCGACAAUGUACACUACUCCAAAUUGGUACUCAAAUGUGGACUCCGACCGCAGUUCAAGAAUACCGAUCUCAGUUCCAUUUUAGAAGAUGAAUCCCAACAGAAUACCGUCAAGGAAGCGGCCGAAAUCAGUAUGGGAACGGAGAUUGCCGAUGUCGAUGUCAUUCACAUUCAAUCGUUAGCGGAACAGGUACUCUCCAUGACGGAAUAUCGUGCGCAACUCUUUGAUUAUCUCAAGAAUCGCAUGAAUGCCAUUGCUCCCAACUUGACCAUUCUCGUGGGAGAACUAGUAGGCGCUCGACUCAUUUCGCAUGCCGGCAGUCUCAUGAAUUUGGCCAAACAACCGGCAUCGACGUCCAAUUUUGGGUGCGAAAAGGCACUCUUUCGAGCGCUCAAAACCAAACACGACACUCCCAAAUACGGACUCAUCUAUCACGCGUCACUCAUUGGACAAGCACCACCGAAACACAAGGGAAAGAUUAGUCGUGUCCUUGCCGCCAAGUGCGCCUUGGCCAUUCGUGUCGAUGCCCUUAGUGACGAUCCGUUGGACGGAUCACCACUCGAUACGACGAUUGGAUUUGAAGGACGAGCCAAAGUCGAAGCGCGAUUGCGACAAUUGGAAGGUGGUGGUGUGGCAACAACACCGAGUAGUGGUGGCAUGACGGCCAAGAAAACGGCACGGUACGAUCCGGUCGCCGCGAAAACGGGGGCGUCAGCGUCCAACUACAAUGAUGCCAGUGACAUGGUGUUGGAUACAAAGAAUAGUGACGACGAAGCAGAAGAAACUAAUGGUGACAAGACACCCAAGGACAAGAAGAAAAAGGCCAAAAAGGAAAAGAAAUCUUCGGAAAAGAAAAAGAGCAAGAAACGCAAGGCAGACGACGACGAUGAUGACAGCGACGAAAAGGGUGAGAAUGGCGACAAUAAGGCGGACAGCGAAGACGAAGCCGCGAGAAAGGCAGCCAAGAAAGCAGCAAAGAAGGCCAAAAAGGAGAAACGAAAAUCAAAAGAGUAAUCGCAUUGAAUCCUUGGAAAUAUUGGAUUGGACUCUCCUGUUCCGUCUUCUUGUCCUGGCUACCUUUCCAGCUUUUCCGUUGUCGCGCCUGUAGUUCAUAAGCACUACUACUACAUCCUAGAUAGUCUUUACAUAGUAUAGUUUGCGUGUACCUCUCCGCCAGGAU